UUCGCCCCCGGGUGGGCCGUCAUUCAGUUUCAAUCUAAAGUCAAAAUGGAGUAUUCGGUGGCUGCGUUCCUGGUUUUCGUAUUGGCCCUGUGCCUGGGCCACAGUGUGUGGGCAGCUCCCUCGGCGGAGGACCUGGCCCAGUUCGGGGAGCUGGAGAAAACCAUCAAGGAGCUAACCAACUCGAUCUUGGCCAUGAGCGGAGGGGCUUCAGGGGACGUCAUGGGAAACAGGAACUCCAACAGCGUGUGGACCGAAGAUCUUCAGGCCUAGAAACUGGAAGCAAUAUUCCAAGCGGGCUCGGGCUACUAAGUUUCCCUUAGAAGUUCUGCAGUUUCUCUGAAAUAUUUCGUAUAAUGUUUUUUUUUCGUCUAAUAAAGUGUCAAUCAUAA